UCUUUGUUUACAUUUUCUUUGUAUUAUCCCCAAUUAGUUGUAGCAUUUAUGAAGCAAGGUAUUUUUCAGAAUAUUUCUUUGUGCAACAAUAUUGUUAUCCUAAUGUUAUUGCUUUCCUAACUUUUUAAAUAAAUCAGCUAGCUAAUAAUAUAUAUGAAACAAAUUUUGGUUAGGGAAAAGUGUGAGAUCUUACAAUAGUAGUAUUUGCCAAAAUGGUUGUAUGUGGUUGAAUAACAAAAUCCAUUAGGUUUGAAGUAAAACUUUUUGAAUUUCUGUUACUUUUUAUGUUCCUUUCUUUUAUAUUUUUUUUGAAAAUUAACUAAAUUGUAUUCUUAUACACUGCUUUGUUGGGGAUCAAAUUAACCAGAGAAUAGAUUUAUGGUUAGGAAGUGGUAUGUCAAAUGUCUUAUUCAGUAUGGAAAAAAAAGUUGUACUGCAAAGGGUACUUCAUCAAAUCAAACUUAUUGCCUGAUGACGUUGACUUAAGAACAUGUUUCUGUCUUCCCUUGUCAAUCAAGUUUUUAACACCAAGAUGAUUCAGUUAGUAUUAUUUUUUUAUCUUCUCAAUGGAAUAUGUACAACUAAUUCAAGUACGACAUCACCACAACUUCAAGAAGAUGGCGAAGAUUCUAUUAAAGACAAUUUCAUAGCUACAUCAAAGUUUUGGGGUCCAAUUUUUUCAGCAUUACUUCUAUUCAUUGUUGGUGUUUUUGUUAAUUUCCGAAAGUUGAUUGUUAAUUUUUCUGACGGAUAUCGUAAAACAUACGAGAAACGAUAUGAUUGUCACAAGAUUCACAGCAAUUGGUGGUCCUACCUUUCGUUUUGUGGUAUUGGAAGUUCCCUUCGAAUCUUUUUCUCUCAAUUUAAUUCAAUCUGGAACAUAUGCAAAAAGAAAAAUGUAAAAGAUAGAACAGUUACUGUAUCCAGUUGGAGUGGUAUUUUUAAAACUUGCCCAAAAUUAUCUUGGAAGGAUGUUCAAGAAAUGAUGAGGAGUUAUGAUAAGUAUUUUCUUCACCACUAUAACUUUUGUUCAUAUGAGGAGUGUCCACAUAAUGACUACAAAUUUUGCUGUGGUUUAAUGAUGGAGCCUGUGUACUAUUUUGUUGUCGUAGAUUGGAAUAGUAAAAAUCAAGGCAAGUAUGAAAUUCAAAACUUAACUUUGGAGGAUAAUGUUGCACUAACUGUUAUGGACAGAGAUCACCGACCUCCUGGAUAUGCAAACUUACCGAAUGAGCAACCCAAUAGUGAGCUGAAGAAAUCUUUGGAAGAUAUGAAAGGACAAUUUAAAAAAAUAUGUUUAGUCUUAUUGAAUUUUCCAACAGAAAUUUCAGAAAAACAUGCUGCAAUAAAAGCAAUACACAACUUCAUUACUGAUUACAAUGUCAAAUUGAUUUACAAAAGUUGGGUAAAAAGUUUGAAAAAUCAAGUUGAUUUUUCAAAAGACGACGUCAACGAAUCUUUACCUCUUCUUGCAUCAGUUCAAGCAACGUACAAUACUUCUGUCAGCAACUCGGAAUCACCAAAGCAGCUUCCAGAUGCAACGGACAAUACUUCUGUCAGCAACUCGGAAUCACCAAAGCAGCUUCCAGAUGCAACGGACAAUACUUCUGUUAGCAAAUUGGAAUCACUAAAGCAGCUUCCAGAUGAACAUAUACGAAAGUGCAUGAUAGCAUACUUAACAGACAAAUGGUUUAUGGAGAAUGCAGUACAAGCUAAUGGGUUAAGACAAGAGUUUGCAUAUCACUUGGGCUUAAUGGAUGCUAAAGUAGGAAGGAUAUUUGGUACAACUUUCCGAACAGAGAAUCCUAUCCUUGAAUGUGUUUGCAGUAAAGCCUUCGAAAAUAACUGCUCAACAAAAGACUUGCUUAAUUCAGUUAAUGUGGCCUUCAAAAACGUUGGAUUGGUUUACGAGAUUGAAGAGAAUGAAAUUAAUAAAAGCCCUUUUAACAGCAUUGAUACUAGCAACUCAAAUAUUGAUUUUCAUACUCGAAAAGGCCGUUCUACCGUUUUCCAUACUAUUGCAGACAAAAGUGGUUACGAAGGUAGAUACGUUCUACAUUUCUUGGUUCCUUAUGGGACAAUACAAAAUUACUUUCUAAAUAAACCGAAUAAUGUUGUUGAAAGAAUACUGGCAACUCUGGAACAAUGGAUUAUCACAACAAAGAAGGAUGAAGUUGUUUGGUGGAGAAUUCAAGCAGUGUUGACUUUUUUGGGCAGAAACGAUGUAAUUGAAGCUGUCAUCAAUAAUUUCUUAUCUCAAAAAGGUGCUAAUUUGUAGUGGUAAAGCCUUGUUUUGGUCAAAUACUUGUUACAUCCACAUUGGUUAUUGGUUGAAUUAUAUCUACUACUGCGAUCCAAAAAUAAAGAGCUUAAAAGAACAAUGUAUAUUAUUACGUAUUUUGUUUUGAUUUUGUAUACCAUUUAUUUUGUUAUGCAUGUCUGUACAAAGCACAACAUUUUUUUAAUGUACACAAAUUAUAUAAAACAUUGUAAAUAAUCAAGCAAAACGCAUAAUUAUUUUUAUUUUUUGAAUUGCAGUUUGUUAUUACAGGGAUUUUUAAAUUUUCUCUACCUACCAUAAUAACCUGAUUAAGCACCAGGGUUAAUAAUACUAUUAUUAUACUAGUUGGCCCAUGGGUUUCCUACAUGAGCAUAUAAACUUACUCUGUGGAUAUUCAAAAUUAAGCUGUGUAUAGCCAUUUCGAGAGUAAAAAUACUAAUACAGCCAAUGUUAUAUUUUAUUGAAUUCAAUUAAAGCCCAUUUAAUCUUGUAUAAUUUUAGUUUUAUAUAACUUUUAUAGUUGAUAUUUGACUUUAUUAACUGAUAGCUAUUUUCAACCGGUUUAUAUGAGCAAUCCUCAGUGAUGAUUGGCUAAAAAGCCUAACUAUAGGCUUUAUACAUCACAGCAUAACUUUUAACCAUCUAGCAACCAUAAUGUAAUCAGUUCAAACAACUGUGGUAAAAACGUCCUUUGCAAACACUAUAUCCAUUUCAUCAUCAAGAAAUGUUGAUAAUUUUAAAUCCAUGUUUGAUGGUGCACACAUAAAUACUGGUUUUCUGAUAUAAACAUCCAUAAGCACAAUGCACAAUAAGCAAAAUGGCGUGUAAUAAACCGUAGUACAAGAAAAAUUAAAAAAAAUUCUACACAUGAUUCUUUGGACGAUUGUUUUCUCUUUGAAGUACAUGUAAUUGAACGUUUUUCUUUCUUUAUCAGAACCUGGUUUUUAAAACAUUGUCACAUGAAAAUCUUCAGGCCUUUUUAGGGAAUUUUUCGUAUGUGUGUGGUAAAAAGCACGCCUAAGUAAGUGCUGCUCUGGUUAACUUCUUAUAAAAUUUGUCAUUUUGCAGGUGCUAUCAAUAGCACGCCUAAGCCAUUUUGUGUGUGUGUAAAGGUGUGCGCGUGCUUUGCAAGCCUCUUCUAAAAAGGCCUGAAUUUUUAGAUAAUAACUCUAUUUCUACAAACCCAAACAAAACAGCUAUCAGUUAUAAAUACAAUAUAAACUGUUUUAUCUAUCUCUUGUGAGAAAUAUUGCCCUCUGUCAGCCUAUCGACCUUCCAAGCUUAGUCUAUACUUUUGACCUCAGAUAGCAUUUCCCAGUAUAGAUAGACAAGACAGUUUGUAUUAAAACUUUAAAACUUUUAAAAACUAGAACAAGAAGAAAGCAUAAUUAUUGAACAUUUGUGUCUACAUUUGUAUGUUCGGUUUAGUUUUUAUGAAUAUUUUAUAUUAAAUAUUUUUCAGAAUUUGAAUUAUAAAUAAAGUCAGUUUCGCAAAAUUUUUCUAAUGUAGAGAAGAACACUUUUUUGUAGCUGUGGUCCAGGAGCACUGUAGGCCACUUUUUACUCAUGCCUUGUUAAUGGUUAAUUUUUUGUGUUAUAAAAAGAAGUAAUGAAAUGAUUAUGCAAAAAUGGAAUUCGCUAUUAUACCCUUCUCUUCGUAGUUUAACUUGCAAAGAUGACGUUUCGAUUCGCAAAUUGCUAAUUCGAAUCCUGUUUUCACGAAUAUACAGAUUUAAUAUUUUUUUUUUGAAUCAUUUAAUCCUUGUUUAAUUUAACAAUAAUAUUAAUCUGUAGAUUUUUUAAUUUUAUUGUCAACUUUGGUGUCAGUUUUUUUUAGGAGAGUUAUAGGUUUUCCAGCCACAAACACGUAUCAGAGUCAUUUUC